CUACAGCCAAAGCAGCAGCAGCGGCGACAUUGUUACAUUGUUACGCUUCUCUGUCUGAAGGUUCCAGAGAGCCACGCUCCAUCACAUCACGGCUGAUCAGAACUCGUUCACAGAAAGACGGAUUGUACAUUUGUACAGCACCCCGAGAAGGCAUAAGCUCUUGCGGUGAAGAACCCUGCAGAAUGAAAGAUACAGAGGAACAAACAGAUUCAAUGGGACUGAAGGAAGACAAGCAUCAGUUUGAAAAACCUCAUCAUUUUAAAAAGGAAGAUGAAAAUGCAGUCAUUUCAGAGACUGAACAGAAUUUCACACAAACACAAGCUGGAAAACCUGGAGCCAGAGGAUCUUUCACAUGCACUCAGUGUGGGAAGAGUUUCAGUGAGAAAUCAAAGUUUAAUAGACACAUGACAGUUCACACUGGAGAGAAGCCUUAUACGUGCACUCAGUGUGGGAAGGGUUUCAGUCAGAAAACAAACCGUAACAGACACAUGAGAUCUCACACUGGAGAGAAGCCUUAUACUUGCACUCAGUCUGGAAAGGGUUUCUUUGUCAAAGAAGAACUAAAUGUGCACAUGAGAAUUCAACAAACAGAUUCAAUGGGACUGAAGGAAGACCAGCAGCAUCAGUUUGAAAAACCUCAUCAUUUUAAAAUUGAAGAUGGAAAUGCAGUCAUUUCAGAGACUGAACAGAAUUUCACACAAACACAAGCUGGAAAACCUGGAGCCAAAGCAUCUUUCACAUGCACUCAGUGUGGGAAGAGUUUCAGUGAGAAAUCAAAGUUUAAUAGACACAUGACAGUUCACACUGGAGAGAAGCCUUAUACAUGCACUCAGUGUGGGAAGGGUUUCAGUCAGAAAACAAACCGUAACAGACACAUGACAGUUCACACUGGAGAGAAGCCUUAUACAUGCACUCAGUGUGGGAAGGGUUUCAGUCAGAAAACAAACCGUAACAGACACAUGACAGUUCACACUGGAGAGAAGCCUUAUACAUGCACUCAGUGUGAAAAGGGUUUUUUUGACAAAGAAGAACUAAAUGUGCACAUGCGAUCUCACACUGGAGAGAAGCCUUAUACUUGCACUCAGUCUGGAAUGGGUUCCUUUGUCAAAGAAGAACCAAAUGUGCACAUGAGAAUUCAACAAACAGAUUCAAUGGGACUGAAGGAAGACAAGCAUCAGUUUGAAAAACCUCGUCAUUUAAAAAAUGAAGAUGGAAAUGCAGUCAUUUCACAGACUGAACAAAAUUUUACACAAAAACAAGCUGGAAAAACUGGAGCCAAAGCAUCUUUCACAUGCACUCAGUGUGGGAAGAGUUUCAGCCGUACAUCAAACCUUAAGAGACACGUGAGAUUUCACACGGGAGAGAGGCCUUUUACAUGCACUCAGUGUGGGAAGAGUUUUGGUGAGAAAUCAGAGUUUAAUGGACACAUGAGAUCUCACACUGGAGAGAAGCCUUAUAAAUGCACUGAGUGUGGAAAAGGUUUCAGUCAGAAAUCAAACCGUAACAGACACAUGAAAGUUCACCCUGGACUGAAGCCACUAACAUGCACUCAGUGUGAAAAGGUUUUCUUUGACAAAGAAGAACUAAAUGUGCACAUGAGAAUUCACACUGGAGAACGUCUGUUCACAUGCACUCUGUGUGGAAAGAGUUUCUGUCAGAAAUCAAAGUUUAAGAGACACAUGAGAUAUCAUACUCGAGAGAGGCAUUAUGCAUGCACUCAGUGUGGAAAGAGUUUCUUUGUCAAAGGAGAACUUAAUGUGCACAUGAGAAUUCACACUGGAGAAAGACCGUUCACAUGCACUCAGUGUGGGAAGAGUUUCAGCCGUACAUCAAACCUUAAGAGACACGUGAGAUUUCACACGGGAGAGAGGCCUUUUACAUGCACUCAGUGUGGGAAGAGUUUCUUUGUCAAACAAGAACUUAAUGUGCACAUGAGAAUUCACACUGGAGAAAGACCGUUCACAUGCACUCAGUGUGCAUUCAGUUUUAAAUCUAAAAGUGUCCUGAAAAAACAUCAGCUCUCUCACACUGGAGUGAGAUCAUUCAGCUGUGAUCAGUGUGAUAAAACAUUUGUUUUCGCGUCAUACUUAAAAGAACAUCUUAAACUUCAUGCUGGUGUAAAGCGUCACUUUUGCUCUUUUUGUGGAAAGAGUUUUACACAACCGUACAGUUUACAAGUUCAUCAGAUUAUUCAUACUGGUGUGCGACCUCAUGUGUGCUUUGACUGCGGAAAGACCUUUCUUACAUCUAGUGACUUAAAAAAACACCAGAGGAUUCACACUGGAGAGAAACCGUACAAGUGCUCACACUGUGGAAAGAGUUUCACUGAUUCAUCAACCUUGAAAACCCAUGAGAGGAUUCACACUGGAGAAAAGCCGUACCAGUGCUCUUCGUGUGGGAAGGAUUUCACUCGCUCAUUUACUCUAAUUAAACAUAAGAUAAAGCAUUGCCCAAAGUUGUCUAAGUCACAUUCAGAUCCAUCACUUUAAAAAAAAAAUUAUCCAAGUUUGAAAAUUUGAGAAAUACAAAACAAUAAAAAAAAAUUAAGGGCAUUCUUUUACCUAAAAAUGGCACCAGAUGUUUUUCUAUUUAUAUGUCAAAAGUGAUUCUUCUCAUAUGGACUCUAAAACACACUGAGAGAAGAUCAAAUUGCUCAGGAAAAGUGAAUCGUCUGGCAAUUCAGCAGUGUUUGACAGAUGCUAACUAGUAGCAGUUAAAAUAGAAGUUUUAAGAUUACACAUUGUAUGGUUAUACCUUAUAUUUUGACAAACAGUUUAGUAAAAUUGUAAUAAAAGUUAAACUGCUGUGUUUUUAAGCAGAUUUUCCAUAUGAAGUUAUGACAAUAAUUUGUCAGUGCCACAGAUGUUCCUCGAUGACGCUAUGUUAAUUUCAGCCAGCUGGUUCGUGAUUCAUGAAACGAGUCAACUGAUGUGAACUGUGAUUUUAUUUUUAUUUGGAGAAAUCUAAAUCGGACCACUUACACAUGCAUUGUAUUAAUAAUACUUUUAUAAUCCAACCAAUAUAUCCAAGAUGUUUUUGUUUUUUCCCACUAGAACCCAUUUCUCAAUACUUUAGUCACUUUUUCAAAACUCUUCACACAGUGAUCAACAGCGGUCUAUUUAACUAAACUGAGGAUCAUUGCUUUGGCACAAUAUUACGUUCAAUGACUACUUUGAAAUUACACAAACUCUUGUCGCUCUCAGACACAAAAACCACCAAAAUAUUACAGAUCAAUUUGCACGUUUGCAUAGGCUACUCUUUUCAAAACUGUUAAACAUAAGU